CAAAAGUGUCAGUCAGUGUGUGUGUGUCACGUAGACGAGCCACCAUACCGCAUGGUGGUAGUAUAUUAUUACAAAAAUCAGGGAUUAAAAAAUGAUCUAAUUGUGCAUCGUCUUUUUAAGAAGCGUCCUCAGUUUAUCGAGGAGUGUCUACACUCGCUGAAACGAGUAGAAUUGGUUUUUUUGGAUCAGUGAGAUUAGGUGAACCUAGUUGUUGUGCAAUCGCACUAACUCAGGUGUCGAGUCAAAUUUAACUGCAAUAGUAGUCGCGAUUAAAAAAGAAAAAAAAAAUGAAGUGGUCACCAGGAGCUCUUUUUUGCGAACAAGUUGGUGAAUUGACACGUGUAUUUUCACAAUGGAAUGAAUGUGAACAAACAGUCGUUCUCUACGCUCUUUUACGUCGAAUUCCAGCGGUUCAAGCACGAUUUCUUGCACACGCUGUGCAACAUUCACUUCAUUCUGUUACGGAACUUGAUUCACAAGAAUUAAAUGCAAAUAAUCCAGCUUUUGUCAAUUCAUUGCUCUCGGAAUCUACGGAAGUUGCUAUUAAUCAAUUGCUCUCACAUCUUCCUUUACUGAGACCCGGAAAUGUUGAAUGUAAACAGUGUUAUCUGGUUGCUAUUCCUGAAUUGGUUAGUCACUGCGUUACAACUGGACAAUUUACUGAACAAACACAACAACUUUUGAGUUAUACACUUAUUCAUCCGGCAAUUACCAGUAAUGAUAGGCGAUCUUUGUCACAAUGGCUUAGACAUCUUGAGGAGAGAAUCAGCGGGACACCACCUAUUCAUAAUUUGGAGGAAUACACCAAUAGUUCAUCCAGAUGGGAUGCCGGAUGGCAACGAAAUGUGAAGCAACAAACGGAGCAAACGAAUUUGUUCAAUUCACAGCCUGGGACAACUUUUAAUUCACAACUUUUGCCACCAGUGUCUCGUCAACGUCGAUCAAAUAGUUUGACACCUCCUUUUGCUCCUCCACAUCAUCCGGAGAUCAUUGAUCGAAGUAACAAUACUAAUAACACUACCAGACACAAGACCAGAAGUUUCAGUGUUUCUGGAGAUCAUACGACUUCUGCUUUGAUAGGACUAGGACCUCUGAGUCCACAAAGUUCGUGUACAAGUAGUGGAAGCGAAGGACGUUUAGAUGAAGCUUCAACACGGCCUCUGUCCAGUGGAAUGAGAGAUGUACCCGGAUGGUUAAAAACACUUCGUUUGCAUAAGUACAGUUAUUUAUUUGCAACAUUGAGCUACGGUGAAAUGUUACAAUUAACGGAGGAACGUUUAGCGGAACAAGGUGUGACAAAGGGUGCACGACAUAAGCUGGCACUUUCCAUCACUAAAUUGCAACAAAGAUAUACGACACUUCUCAAUUUGGAAAAGAAUCUAUUGCAACCGACGCGCGAUGGAAAUCAACCAGCUUCAUUUGCUCAGGGCUCGUCACUUUUAGUUAAUACACUUGAUGAGCUUAAAAAUAUUUUAACCACUCCAUUGAAACCGAGUCAAGAGAAUGAUCCACAAGAUAUACCUUCUCAAUUUACAAAAGUUCUUGGGAAAUUGUGCAGUAGACUUGCUUUAGAUAGUGUGGACGAUGGAAUUCUUUGCACGUGCAUCAAUGUUUUGGAGAAAGUUUUAUUACACGAUUGCUUUACGCCAAAUCAAAAAGAAAAAGUUCAACAGUGGCGCAGUCGUCUUGGCAAUCCUAGACCAACUCCAAAAUGGCAACACAAUUAUCCAUACAAUAAUAGACGAUAUUGCUGCAUUCAACAACAGAAUCAUCAAAAUAGAAAACCAAGUUUGAAUUCGAGUCAUGUGUCAAGUGUUAAUCUACAUAAUAACUCAUUCCUCAACAGCCCGCACAGAAAUAGUAUAUCAACACCAUAUUUGCAGAGUAACCAAAGUCCAAACAAUACACAAAACAGCUUAAGACCAAUGCACUCAGCUGAAAAGCGACCCAGCUUACAGGAAAAUAGUUUGGAGCAAUUACAAAGAACUUUACAACGUACAUACUCUGCACCAAGGGAUCAUUUUCUUGGCCAAUCGAGUAUUACAUCAGAGACGACUGAACCUGAAAUAAACUCUCAGCUAGAAUCUUUAUGCUUACGAAUGACCGAGCAAGCUAUUGGAGGUUUUGGUGAGGCCUAAAUCUCAAAAAUUAUUCUUAUUUGUUUUAUUUUUUUUUGAAAAGUCAAUAUCGCAUAUUAAAUUAUAUACACGUUGCUGAACUUUGAGUUCAGUAAGAAAUUUCUUUAAGUCCUUUGACUAACUCACUUUUUAUUUCGAAAUAUUGGUAAAAAAAAAAAAAAAAAAAAAAAUUUGACUAGAGAAGGCGUUUAUAAAACGUUUUUCUUUAAUACAUGUAAUGUUUAAUGCGAUGACACGAAAGAAAAAGGUGAUUGUAUUUUUUUUUAUUGUUUUUUUUUUUUUUUAAUCAUUUAUGAUCAUAUAUGAUCAGUCAUUUGCGUAUACAUAUAACGUAUUUUAUUUACGCUCAGUAAAAUAUAUUUAUGAACCGACAGAAUUUGGCAAGCCAAAUGAUAAUAGGUAGAUGGAUUAUAAUUUCCUAUUUACUGGGUUUUACAAUUUAUGUAUGUAGUAGAGAAAAAAUUUCUCUUCGACCGCAGUGCGCCGCGAAUAAUGAAUAAUUUAUUUACAAAAAAAAAAAAAAGAAAGGAAAAAAGAAAAAAAAAAGAAAUAUUGAAAAAAAUCACAAAUUGGGAAAUGAAAUUUGUUUUUAACGUUAACAAUGUUCAGAUUACAUUAUACAAUUUAAAUCUAUCGACAGUUGAACUGGACGGUAGUCAAUGACUAUUACGAAUAAUAUAAAUAAUAAAUCUUUAUAAUUUUUUUUUUUUUUAUUUUCUAUUUUCUUAAUACUUAAGAUUCAUAAUAUUGGACGAAGUUUUUUUUACAAUUUAUAUUGUUUACUAUACAUAUAUAUAUUAUAUACAUAUUUCACUCUUAAUUCUUCAUUUCUCAAUUUGAAAUGAAUUUAUUAUUCUAAUUUUAAAUUUGAUUGCAAGCCACGAAUGUCGUUGUAUACCUGAUUUUUGAUUAAUUGCCGGUAAAUAGGUAAAUAAUCAAAGAAAAAAAAAAAACAAAAAUGACGUAUAACGAUAUUCGCGUCGUAUAUUUAUUUAUUUUUUUUUUUUUAAUAAAAUUUUAGGAUAUUAAGUGAAACAUGCAUAAUUUGCUCAAUUCAAUUAGAAAUUUUUAUGAAAAUAAAAAAUGUUGAUAUUUGUUUAGAAUUGAGAUGUUUGGCUGCGUUCUUUUUUUAUUGGACAUUAAAAAAAAAAGUGAUCUCUUUUACGUGAGAAAGAAAACUUGCGACUGAUUAAAAAAAAAAAGCUUUUUAUUGCACUUUAUUGAUUUUAAGAUUUUCGUCGUGUACUGCGAUCGAAUAAGUUUUGCUAUUCCCUUAAAAAAAAUAUAUAUAUAUAAAUAUAUUAUACAUAUAAAUAAUUAUAUUAUGCUAGGUUUUUAAAAAGGAAAAAUUGUGUAAAUUAUGAAGAGAGAAAGAGAGAGAGAGAGAAAAAAGGGGAAGCUGUGUGACACUUGCAAUAUUGUUUUUGUGUUAUCCAUUUCGGGAAAUGGAAUUCUUCUAAUUUUAACAAGCGAACUGAUUUUCACCUCCUUAUAUUUGCUCUAUCAAUGAUAAUCGAUCUCGAUAGAUGCUUAAAUAUCUAAUUCUAUUUUCUUAUAGGCUUAUAUAUAUAUACGUGUAGGAAUAACUUUAAAUGAAAGAAAAAGGUACACACAGUGUUCAAUAAUUUUCUUUUUUUUUUAUCUCUGCGUAAAAUCGCGUUGAAUUAUUAAAUAAUUAUUCAUUCUUUAAUUUUUUUUUUUUUUUUUUUUUUUUUAAUCGGACAAUGAAUUUCAACUAUAUUUAUACAGUUUAAAAGGCCUUAAACGAACAAGAAAAAAAACAAAGGUUCGUAAAAACCAAAAAAGAAAAUUUUAAUUAAAAAAAAAAAAAACCGAGAUUAAUUUAAUUUGAAAAAAUUAAGUAGCGUAAAAACGCGUAGUUUCAAGACAUCGAGAUUCGUGGCUUGAAUUUCUAGAAUUACGUUUACGCACGUCGGGUGAUUUUAAACGGCUUCGCUGCGACAUUCACAAUAUUUUUGCGCGUAACGGAAAUCUACAGUAAUUAAUCGUAAAAAAAAAAAUAAAUAAAUAAACAAUGAAAGACUGACUAUUUCACGCGUUUCGAUAGUUGAAAAAAAGAAGAAGAGAAAAAAAAGAGAAGGGAAUAGAGAAUGAAUCGAGCGAGACAUGGAAAAAAAGUACCUAAGUCUAAGAAAAAAAAAAAAAAAAAAAAAAAAUAGGAACUUUUUUUGUCAACGCUCCGCGUGCGCGUGAAAGAAGCAAUUGGAAGACUGCCGAAGGGAAAAAGAACUUGUCAAAAGUAAGAGAAAAAAAAAAAAAAAAAAAAUUAACGAGUGGUAUCGAGUAAUGCAAGUACUUGUAAUUUUUUAGAAUACCCGACGAUAAUAGCACUAUAUAUAUAAAAAUAUAUAUAUUAUCUAGAUUAUAAUCAAUUAUGUAAGGUUACAUGGUGAUUGCCGAACCCAAGUAUCCCAGGGGCUGCUGAUAUUAUGAGCUUGCUCGCACCGAGUUAUGCUAAUCGCCAAUAUUAUCAUUAUAAAAAAUAAAAAAAAAAAAAAACAGCAAUUGAAUAAAAAAAAACACGAUCUGAAUUAGAUCGAAAAUAAUAAUUUUUUUUUUUGAAUUUUAAAAUGUCGCGAAACCCAAGACAGAUUAUUAUCGAAAGCUAGUCAAAUGAUACAGUUUUAAUGUCUAUCUGCUAAUAUAACUAAAUAGUCUAAUCGUACUUUACAAAUUUUCUCUCUUUUUUUUUUUCUUUUUUUUUUCAAUUAUAUACUUAAGUGUACGACAUGGGUUCGCGCACAAGAAACGCCAAACAGGAAAUUAAUCCUGGUGCAAGACAAAAAAAAAAAAAAAAAAAAGAAAUGAAAAAAUAAA